AUGGACAAGGUCCGUCGCGCACUCGUCAACGUUGGCUCUUCCUCGGGCCGCGGAGGCAUCGGUACUAUUCUCAAGGUCCUUGGUGCGGGUGUGGCCAUCGCAGGCCUCGCCUCCCAGUCUUUCUACACUGUGCACGGUGGACAUCGGGCGGUUGUGUUCAACCGUCUGGUGGGAGUCAAGGACCAGGUGAUGGAGCCCGGGAUGCAGUUCAAGAUCCCGUUCAUCGAGUACCCGUACAUUUACGACGUGCGGGCCAAGCCGUACACAUACACCUCGCUGACGGGAUCCAAGGAUCUGCAGAUGAUCAACGUGACGCUGCGUGUGCUGGCCAAGCCGGACGCGCGGAUGCUGACGCAGAUCCACCGCAAGAUCGGUCCGCAGUUUGACGAGACCGUCCUGCCGUCGAUCGUCAACGAGGUGCUCAAGUCGGUUGUUGCCCAGUUCAACGCCUCGCAGCUUAUCACCAUGCGGUCGGACGUGUCGAUCAUGAUCGGCAAGUCGCUCCGCCGGCGCUCUGCCGACUUUUACAUCCUCCUGGACGACGUCUCGUACGCCCACGCCGUCGAGCAGAAGAAGGUCGCCGAGCAGGAGGCCGAGCGUGCCAAGAUCCUUGUCGAGAAGGCAUUGCAGGAGAAGGAGUCGUCCAUCAUUCGCGCCAAGGGUGAGUCCGAGGCCGCCCUCCUCAUCGGUGCCGCCAUGUCCAACAACCCUGGCUAUCUCGAGCUCAUGCGCCUCGACAACGCCCGCGAGAUCGCCAACAUCAUUGCCCGCUCCGGCAACAUGGUGUACCUCAACUCGGACAACCUCCUGCUCAACCUCGUGUCCAACAAGAAGAUCGAGCUUGCUGCUGAGAACGCGUAG